CGACGUCUAUGUUGUAUUGUUGUAAAAAAAAAAGUUAAAAGUCAAAAUCGACGAAAUAUUUCGAAUAUAUUCUGUGAUCAAAUUUUAUGUAUUGGGGGUUGGAUAGCGUCACUUCCCUGCAUGGGGUUGUGAGUUUCGCUUCCCCCUUCCCAGUCGUUCAUCUCCCUUCCCCAUUCGAUGGUCCAUAACACACUAAGGGGUUUUUUUGUAACCAGCUUAAUAGAAAUAAUUUGAAAAUAAAAAAAUAAAAGCAUGGGAGAAUAUUUUGCAGCGUGAUUGGUGGGUUGUGGUUCCACUAACUAUAACCGUCUGCGUCUCUUCCCCUACCAUUUAUGGAUUCUUUUAUUCGGCAAAAGCAACGACGCGUCUAGUAGCUACACAUCUCCGGCAAUACCUUAUCGUUGCCGUCGGGAUAAUGAACGACUUCAUGAGCAACGUCCACGGGGUUGGAGCUGAACGAACUUGUUUAUUUGCGUUUGACCUCAACGUCCAUACACAAGCAACGACGAUGUGGGAGUUGAAGAGGCGAAGAAUGGUGAUGAUAUUUUCAUGGGCGAUGACGCCGUCGUUUUCAACGUGGAGGAGCUUCUCAACGAAGUGUUGUCAGAAAACUACGAAAGGACAGACAACGUCAACGUGGAGAACAACGACGAUUGCGAGCCGCACUCAGUAUUUUGAAGAUGUUGGCGACGACACGAAGAAUGUCGUCGACACCAACAAUCUCGGUAGGGUUGAGUAGUGACGUUAGGACUUCCGUUGAACUGUAAUUUUUUAAUGGUACUACUGAUGCCAAGACAGAAUGGUACGAGUAGUUAGCUAGUGGUAGUAAUAUAGUGGUAGACGCCUAGUGGUACAAAUCUAGUGGUAGUACGUUUUCUAGUGGUACAUGUACUUUUAUAACUAUGGAAAAAAAAAGAUACAGUUAAUUUGCUCCUUGUUAAAGAUAGUACGCUAUUCUGAUGAGGUUGUGUUCUCUUUAAUCUGUUGUUGUCUUCCCGUACAAAAAUUAUCGGUACAAGUACCUCUGUUGUUACCGGUACAGAUACCACAUCUAGUUACUAGUACAUGUACCAAUAGUACUUAGUGGUACAUGUACCACUACUACUUAUUGGACCCCAAGGGAAUUCGUCCCAGUUGAACUUCAUAUUCAAUUUUGCUUCUUAGUGAUACGAGUACCACUAUGAGGUACUCGUACCAGUACCACUACUACUUACUGGUACCACUAGCACUACCACUACCACUUAAUGGUACGAGUACCACUAGAACUUACAGGUGCAAGUACCAUUACUACUUACUGGUGCAUCUGUUCCAAUACUAGUUAGAGUUACAUGUACCCCUAUUAAUUUUUUAUUUGUAAUGAUGUACCACUAUUAGUUAAAGGUGCUUUUACCAGUAUUAGUAGUUACUGGUACAUGUACCAUUAACUAGUAGUUGUACAAGUACCACCGCUAGUCACAGAAUUCUUCAGGGGGAAACUAGUGCUGGAUGUAACAGAAAAAUUGCCAAUGGAACACAAUACCAUAAUAAAUGGUUCACCAAUAUUAGAGAUUUUUUCCAACAUAAUGGUUCACAUUUAAAAAGCAACAGAACUAAAAGCCUCUUCUUCGCGAUACUAGCUUCCAAUAUUUCAAAGAUUGAAUUUGGGUUACACUUCUUCUCAAAUUGGCUUGAACUUGUUCCUACUUUCUUCUUCUUCUUCUUCUUCUUCUUCUCGCAAGGACUCUUCAUGAACCCAUCUCGUGGUCGUUUCAUACUAGAGCUCGAACUAGAAUCAGAUGACUCCCCUUCACGCAGGACAACAUGCCGAGAUUCAUAGGUAGCUGGUUGUUUUACAGCAAGUUGUUCUUUUGUCAUCAACACAUAGAAUGAAAUCUUUAUUCUCGCCAUUCCUCAUACAAAAAAAGCCAAAACUACAUUGUUAGACAUUUUUAAUUAAAACUUAGAUUACUACCACUAUGAAACAUUCGGCAGUGAUAGUAUCAGGAAUGCCUAUGAUACAUGUAUCACUAGUGAUACUAGUACAUGUACCACCAUAAAAUAUUCUACAACUACCACUAAAAUUGGUAUCAAUACCAUUGCCUCUGAAGUGGUACAACACUACCAAUUGAAAGUACCACUGGAUUAUGCAAACAACAAACAAGCUACACAAGAAAGAAAGUUAUGCAUGCUCUGAUUCCAAUGUUGCAUUCGGAAAAAAAAAACUUCUGGGAUAAAUAAAUCUCACCUGGUAUGUUUUCCACCGCUGCACAAAGGACCGACGACGGAGGGAUGUCCGACGAUGGUUAGGACAUGGAUUAAAGAAUGGUUGGCUGCUGGGAAACGACGCUUGAAGAGUGUGGAAGGUCUUGGGAAACGAUGACUAAGGUAGUCAGCGGGAAUUCAAUCGCUCGGCAAGAAGAAGGGAGUGGAGGAAAUAGAGCGGAAUUACCUCAACUUAGAAUGACCAAGUCUUCGAACCCAGUGAAUAAACAAGAGAGAUGAUGCAAGCGAAAGGAAAACAGGCGACAACGUUGAUCGACGGCGGAACAAUGUUUUUUUUUUUGGGUUUCGAAGCAGAUGGAGAGGAAAGGGGGUCUAGGCAGGCAAACGGUUUUUUUGCGGGGAAGGUGGCUGAUUUGUCGCCGAAAUUCUUUCCCCUUUCAAAAUCGAAGGUUGCGUGACAUCAUAGAUGGAGUGGGCAAGCAGAUCCAGUGCGACAACUCUCUUUUUUGCCCCUGAUAAUUAUAGAC